AUGAACAGGGUGAUUAAAGAUUCCAGAGACAAAACCUGUGACUCUGAUGUCACACUGGACCUAAACACCGCAGAGACAAUGAUGGAUGUGUCUGAGAAUGACACAAAGCUGAUGAAGCCUCCAUCAGACUUCAUGCCUGAGCUGCAAACUGAAUCUACACAAGUCUCACACAGGUUCAGGUGUCCUGGUCCAGGUGGGUUUCGGUGCACAUCAACUGGACUAGUGUUUGUUAUGGCUCAGGAGGCGGAGCUGUUCUACAGGAUUGUCCAAUGGGAUGAAGGACUCCUCAAUUUAGCUGGCAAGAUGGCUGCAGGGCCACUGUUCGAAAUCCAGUGUCCUGACGAUGCUGUCUGUCAGCUCCACCUCCCACACUGUGAAACAAAAGAUGCUCUGCUCUCUGAAGGCCUGCUGUCUGUCGCCCGCUGCACUGAUGAUGGAAUGAGCAUCCUUGAACCGCUGGAGAUCACAGCCACUCAUGUGAUUGUCAAAGUCCUUCAUCUCUCUAGGUUUGGCAUAGUCCGGCCUUUGAAGGCUUUAAGGAGGUUUUGGAACAACCUGAACCCAACUAGUGGCCAAGUCUUGCUGUUCCUUAGAAAACCAAACCCCAAAACACAGAAGAAAAACCUCAAUGUGCUUCUCUUUCCAAGCAACAUCCCUCUGGAAGAGGUGAGGAGAAAACAGACAAAUUCUGGGUACAUUCCGGCACCUUCCAAAUGCGAACUCAUCGAAGAACAAAGUUACACUGUUCACUGUCCGACGGCCUGUAUAGUACAGCCUGAGAAAGCAAAGUUUGACCGGGAUGUUGGACCAAAUUACCAUUCAACGUUUGAGAUCCGCCUGCCUACAGACACAGAACAAGUGACUAUAGCAGUUCGAGAUGAAACAGAUACAGAUGUCUGGAAGCACGAUGCUGACCUGACUGCAACAUGGACUGAGAAUGUCCAAGAAGCAAAGAACCUGGCGUCUGUUCGGACAGAUUUCAUCGACAGUGUGUCUGAACCUCUUCUACAUAAGCUGCUGGAUAAACUCCUGGAGUGCAAGGUGGUAACUCAGGAUGAACUGGAGGAUGCUGGAACACAGAAGACCAGGGCAGACAAAGCUCGAGUGGUGAUCAAUACGGUGCUAAGAAAAGGACCAAAAGCCUGUGCAGCUCUGAUUGCUGCUCUCUGUGAGGAGGAUCAGUGUCUUUCAACAAAGCUGAAGUUAAUGUGUAUCGCUCAUUUCUCGUCAAUUCUGAGAAAUAUUAUUUUACAUACACCUGUAAAUAAGGAAAGCGUUUCCCCUCUCAGUGGCCUUGUUUACUUGGACUUUGAAGUUAUGAGGGUGUGA